AUGUCCUCCUUCAAACCAAACUCUGGAAUUCCAGAGCACGAAAUGGCAUACUUCCCUAAGAUGGCGACGGCUCUCCCAGCCUCCUCCAGCGAAUUCCGCAAAGUCCUCUGGACAGGUCUCUACUCCCAAGUCGUGAUAAUGACCAUCCCCGUUGGCGGUGACAUCGGCGACGAAGUGCAUACCGUCGACCAAGCCCUCACAUUCACAAGCGGAAAAGGGAUGGCCACUAUCAAUGGCAAAGACCAGGCUGUUGAGGCAGGGGAUUUGAUGGUUGUGCCAGCGGGAACACAGCACCAGUUUGUUAAUACUGGGGAUUCGCCAUUGAUUUUAUAUACCAUUUAUUCGCCAGCCGAACAUGCGCCUACAUCGGUGCAUCAUACGAAGGAACAGGGAGAUAAGGAAGAGGAUGAGGGGAUUGAUGAGGCGCCGGAGUGGACGAAGAAGAGUAAGAAAGAGAAUGAGGAGGCGGGGUUGGUUAAGCUGAGCGGGAAGUAUUAA